AUGGCUGCUGAACAGGAGAGACGUGCUACCGACCGUCCUUCUCUAAUGCGACGCUUUUUGACCAGUCUACGUCUGUGCUGGCCGUUCGGUCGAGUUCGUCCUCAGACGUCUUUUCAGGACGUCUGUGGUGGCGAGAUCGAACCGGAGGGCAGCGUGGACGCAGAGAACCAGAUAGUUAUGGAGGGAUACUUGUUGAAGAGGGCCAGUAAUGUAUUUAAAACAUGGAACAGGCGCUGGUUCCUGAUUCAGGACAACCACCUUAUGUACAAGAAGAAAUCCAGGAAUAGCAUGGUGGACAUAGCCGAUUUACGCCAGUGCACGGCCAAACACUACAGGAGCAUCGGACGCCGUUGCUGCUUCCAGGUGGUUUCACCUACAAAGAUCUGGGUAUUGCAGGCUGAUUCAGAGGAGAAUAGAGAGGCUUGGAUCAGAACCAUUCAGAACAUGGUUGCUAACACCGAUGGUGACAGAACAGACGACUCCAUCACUUCCCAAUCAGAUGAGGUGGUGGAUUUGAGCCCAGAACAGGAAGGAUCCAGUAGCUCCUCUAAAUCACGUGGAUCACAACACACACAAAGAGACUCGCUACGUCCACGAUCCGCUUCUGGAACUUCAGGUGGGUUUGAAAGAUUCACUCUGUGA